AUGCAUUUUCUAACUUUCUUCGCCUUGACUAUUCCUCUUUUGGGAAAUGUUGUUAUCGCUGCACCUGCAGAUGAUAAGGCCAAAACCCCCGGCAUCAAUGAUAAUGGCCAACCAGCCAAAAUCCAUCCCCCAGUCAAGCAGUCCGACAUCAGCGCUUUAAACCGAUAUAUCAAGGCCAACACCCCCGGCACCAAUCAUAAUAGCCAUCCAGCCAAUAACUGUCCCCCAGGAAGGCGUUCCGGCAGCAGAACUUCUAGCCAAUCUCAAGCGGGGUAUGGUCGCCCUACGUACGGCGCUGGAUACACACCCCGCAGCCGACCCAAUUACGGCUAUGGCGGCGGAACCGCCCACCACAGCGGAUACGGCCACCGCCAUAGAGACGACUACGGCUACGGCUACCCCUUCGGAACCGACCCCUGUUUUGGCGGCGGUCCUUCUCUGGACUUUGGCGAUAGUUCCCAAAGCAGUACAGGAUUCGGAGGUGACAGUUCCAGUUUUGGAGGCGGCGAUAGUUCCAGUUCUGGAGGCGGCGAUAGUUCCAGUUGGUGA